AUGAUUGUCAAUCCAGGAGAGAGCAUUGGCUUUGGGGGCAAGUUGAUCGUCAGAGAAGAUGGCUGUCACAUGGGACAAAGGAUUGUCGUGUUUGCAAGUCUCAAAGAUGAUGAAGAAGAAGGAACCUCCGAAGAGUGGAUCCUGUCCCUUGGUGGAUACCAAGCCCGUCUGUUGGGCAGCCCGCGAGACAGUGAAGUCUUCGAUGUCGCUGCUCGAACCAUCCUCACCAUGAGUACGAAACGAAUCAAGAGGGAGCUAGAUGAUUUCAACCGCACACCCGAAGCAACACCAUGGUUUUCUUCCAUCCAAGUGAUUGCCGACAGUAUGUAUCAUUUGCUUGCCAAGUUGCCAGGACAAGAGCAAGACAUGCCCCCUCUGUGGGAAAUUGAACUGGAACUACCGUCCACGGUCUACCGGUAUCCGUUUGGACCACCCAGAGUUUUCUUGGUCAAUCACCCGCACCAUCGAUGGCUGGGAAGAAAAGGCACGGAUGAAAAUCAAUACAUUUAUCCCAUUCCGAAUGGGUGCUGCCUCGAACUUUACACGGCAAUCAGCAUGGGACUGCCUGUAUUCCUCGCUCACUAA